AUGUCCCUCCGUCCCAAGCGCACUUUCAACCCACGCAACAUCCAGCUCCCCAUCGACAUAAUCAUGCUAAUCCUCGACUGGCUCGUCAACCGACGGGAGAUCCUAGCUGUGCUCUGGAAAGCGCCGUUUCGAAAGGACUUCCUCAUAGGGCGGGAGGAGGCGCUGCCGGCUGCGACGACGCUGAACUGGCGGCGCUUCUAUCUGGAUAUCGAUGAGCGGUUGGCUCUGGCGGAAUCGGUGGCGUAUUGUGAAAAUUGUGAAGGGGACUGCGAAGCUUUUCUUGGAGUUGGUUGCUCAGGAUAG